CUUUUGAGCCCAGUAAACACGUGUGAUACUUGACAGUGUCGGAUCAGCCCAAGCAUUUCAAGCAGCUGGAGCAGUGAUUGCAGCCCCAGGGGUCCCAGUGCUGUUUUGUUUCCUCUGCCAGAGAUGAGUGGGGACGUGGAGCGUCUCCUGAUCCAGUUCCGGGAUGAGGCAGGCCAGACCCUGGGCUCGCCCUUCGACGUGCCCCUGGACAUCACCCCGGAAAAGCUGCAGCUCGUCUGCAAUGCCCUGCUGCAGAAGGACGAGCCGGUGCCCUUGGCAUUUUUCAUCAAUGAAGCGGAGGUGCUGUCAUCCCUGGGUGCCUGUGUUCAGACCCUGGGCCUGGAUACGGAACAAGUCCUUCCGGUCGUUUACCAGCCUCAGGCCGUCUUCCGGGUCCGAGCUGUGGCCCGUUGCACCAGCUCCCUGCAGGGCCACGCUGAGGCCGUCAUCUCGGUGGCGUUCAGCCCCACGGGGAAAUAUCUGGCCAGUGGUUCAGGGGACACGACCGUGAGAUUCUGGGAUUUAACCACCGAAACACCUCACCACACUGCCAGAGGACACACACACUGGGUGCUGUCGAUUGCCUGGUCGCCCGACAGCAGGAAAUUAGCCUCUGGGUGCAAGAACAGCCAGAUAUUCCUGUGGGAUCCCAACACGGGCCAGCAGGUGGGGAAGGUGCUGACGGGACAUACCAAGUGGAUCACCUGGCUCUGCUGGGAGCCGCUGCACCUGAACCCAGAGUGCCGGUACUUGGCGAGCUCCUCCAAGGACUGCUCCGUGCGCAUUUGGGAUACGGUCCUCGGCCGCUGUGACAAGAUCCUGACGGGUCACACCCAGUCAGUCACCUGUGUGAAGUGGGGAGGCGACGGUCUGCUUUACACCUCCUCCCAAGACAGAACCAUCAAAGUGUGGCGAGCCAAAGAUGGUGUGCAGUGCCGUACCCUGCAGGGCCAUGCUCACUGGGUCAACACUCUGGCCCUCAGCACAGAUUAUGUGCUGCGAACUGGGGCAUUUGAGCCUGCAACAGCAACAGUCAACCCCCAGGAUCUCACCGGUUCCUUGGAGGAACUAAAGGAGAAAGCUCUGCAACGAUAUACCAAAGUCAGAGGCCAGGAGCCAGAGCGGCUUGUGUCGGGUUCCGACGACUUUACUCUGUUUCUGUGGAAGCCGGCGGAGGACAAGAAGCCCGUGGCACGGCUCACUGGCCACCAGGCCUUGGUCAACGAGGUGCUCUUCUCCCCAGACACCCGCCUACUGGCCAGUGCCUCCUUCGACAAGUCCAUCAAGAUCUGGGAUGGCAGGACGGGAAAGUACAUUACCUCGCUGCGGGGCCACGUUGGAUCUGUGUACCAGGUGUCCUGGUCUGCUGACAGCCGUCUUCUAGUGAGUGGUAGCAGUGACAGCACCCUGAAGGUGUGGGACGUGAAAACGGGCAAGCUGAGUGCAGACCUCCCUGGUCACGCCGAUGAGGUAUUUGCUGUGGACUGGAGUCCUGAUGGACAGCGUGUUGCCAGCGGCGGGAAGGACAAAUGUCUCAGAAUCUGGAGGAGGUAGCCAGUCCCAGUUUGUCCAUGACCCAGUCUGACCCAUGGGACUUCAUCGCCAGAUGUUUAAUGGACUUCAUGCCCUUCAUCUAGUCCAUGGGCACAUGGAGGCAUUUUCUAAACCAUUUAUUCAAGCACCCACGAUCUAUUUCUGUGCCGAACGUGGCAGUUCACCCUCUUGUGGUCAGGUGGUAUCAUUUGUUCAAGGAGUGGAUAAGAUUGACUGUAGCUGGGGUGUUUUUGUAGUCUUGAUUUUAACUAUAAA